AUGAACACAGAGGAGGGAGAGGCGGGUGCAGCUUGCGGGGAGGCGAGGGGAUGCACCGGCAUCACCCACCGCCACACCUGGGAUGAAGGCGAGCCGCUGGGCUGCCAAGGACGUCGUCACCCCGAGGAUGAGGACGAGGCAGCAGGGCAGGGAGAGGACGGAGAGGGCUGCCUGGAGGGCCGGGGCUGCAGGGAAGCAGGUGAGGGGAGCAACGGGGGGACUUUUUCCAGUGAGGAAGGGGCGGUCGGGGGAACAUCGUGCAAGGAGCAGGCGAUGCAUUCAAACUGCAGCAGCGAAACCUGCAUCCCUACUCCCAGCUGCCGGAUCUGCUUCCAAGGCGCAGAGCAGGGCGACCUGUUGAACCCGUGUCGGUGCGACGGCUCGGUGCGUUACACCCACCAGCACUGCCUGCUGAAGUGGAUCAGUGAGCGCGGCUGCUGGACCUGCGAGCUCUGCUGCUAUCGCUUCCACGUCAUCGCCAUCAACCUGAAGACGCCUCGGCAGUGGCAGUCCAUCACCAUCACCCUGGUGGAGAAGGUGCAGAUCAUCGCCGUAUUCCUGGGCUCUCUCUUCCUGGUGUCCAGCAUCUCCUGGCUGCUGUGGUCCACGCUGAGCCCGCAGGCCAUCUGGCAGCGCCGCGACCUCCUCUUCCAGAUCUGCUACGGCAUGUACGGCUUCAUGGACCUGGUCUGCUUAGGUUUGAUUGUCCACGAGGGGGCGGCGGUGUACAACGUCUUCAUGCGCUGGCGAGCCGUCAACCUCCACUGGGAUCUUAAGAGCUACGAUAAAGCAAAAGACAUGGAGGAGACGAGCAAUGGCCAUUCCUCAUUGGUCCCCAGGACGCUUUGGUUGCCUCUGGCCACCUUUGGGCCCAAUGGCCACUUACACUCCACCCAGCUGGGGCCGCAGCCAUGGACCUGCCUCUGUUUGGCCCCCUUCUGCCCCGGCCUGGUGCCCCGAAACAACCUCAGCCAGGACAGCGACUCAGGAGAGGUCGUCAUUCGUGUGACAUCGGUGUAACACCAAGCGGUAUUUAUGCAGGAACAAAGCAUCUGAUGGUUUUCCCUUGGUGGUAACAAUGGGCUUCUCUGGGCAGUUUAUAAUACUACGCAAUCUGUUGACUUUUUUUUGUUGCAGUUUUUCCAAAUGUUUUCCGAAUUAAUUGUUUGUCUGCUCUGGGGCGGGUCCUCAAAACAAUCUCAACCGUUAAAUUAAGUCAUGUGGGGUGUCGUUGCCUUUGUGUUUAAUUCUUAGAAGAAAAAACAAAAGUCAACAAUCACCUCUACCCUUUCUUUUUCCAAACCCUUCUGCAGUAUUCAAGUAUCGUGGGAUAGAAGGUAGUGAUGAGAAAGAUGAUUAGAUUUACAACUUGUGACCAUUUACAGCCUCACAUAUUCAUGAUGGUAAGGUUAAUAGAUACUGUACAUGGUCAACAUAGCACUAUAUACCAUACAUUUGGCUUUUUUCCCCAUUGAGCUUUGGCUGAUUUAAGGCAUCCCUGCUUGUUUGCUUUUUGAGACACUUCUGCAUUGUUUGGCAACAGGUGGAAUAUGUGGAAGCUU